UCGAUUUAGAAGAGAAGGAUCUUCGUUGAUAUUCGUAACCUAUAGUGUGUUUAAAAUUACCUGCGAUUUUUGACAGUUCGGUACAUGUUUGGGGUAUGCUGAAAGACAUCACACCCUUCCUAGCGUAAAUAAUUGCGCAGUUAAUAGCAAGUGAAACAACCAGUAGCGUAAAAUACUCUAGCCAGGCAGAAUCAUAAAAAAACGGGACAUUUGAGCGUCCCCAAAAAGACUUUCGGGACAGCGGGACAUUUUGGUAAAAAACGGGACUGUCACGGGAAAAACGGGACGAAUGGACACCCUAGGUUAGAUUUAGUCUAGUGCAAAUUUGUAUGCAAUAGUCAUCUCUUCCUCAAUACUGAUACGGUCGAAUGAUUUUCGGUUCGUACUUCUGCGAUACAUACAUGCGACCAUAUCGAUUCCUGGCGUCAGGGCGCCGUUACGAAAAGAAAACUGUUCUCCGAUCGGAAAUGUCAGGCGUGGGUAGCAGUUUUAAGCACACAUCAUGUGAGCCCGUCGUGAAUGAUGGACUGGACGACAGAGGGCAGAGUAAGCCGUGUAGCGAGAGAUGGGCGCAAGCUAGUUGUGCACUGCAAGCGCAGGAAGUGCUAAAGCGCCGUCCAAGUGAAGGGUCAGUGGCCUGGAGAUUGCUAUUUAGUCGGCGGAUGGCGGGGAACGCGUCACAUUGGACUUCGUGCCUCGCACUCCUACUGAUUUUGAGUGAAUGCAUCUCCAUUCAUGUUGGCCAAGCCGGCGUACAGAUCGGGAACACAUGCUGGGAAUUGUACUGCCUGGAACAUGGAAUUCAGCCUGAUGGGCAGAUGCCUUCAGACAAAACAAUUGGCGGAGGAGACGAUAGUUUCAAUACAUUCUUUAGCGAAACGGGCGCAGGAAAACAUGUACCUAGGGCAGUUUUCGUAGACCUGGAACCCACGAUUGUGGAAUUACUGAAGCUGAUGGUGCAGAUUAUCCAACAUAUGGAAAAUACAAUAAAAAAUUAAUGGAUAAUUAUGUGGCAAAGCUGUUUCAGUUUAUCGCCAUAAAGAAAGGAAACAAUAUUUUAUCUACAACGAAA